UAAAAAAUAAAUGAAAAAUUUGUUAUUAUUUGCCAUUAUAAUGUUGGCCUUAACAGAAGACAUUAAAUGCCCAAUAAAUAUAGAUACAACUGUAUCCUGCACAAAAGAAUAUAUUCCAGUUUGUGGUUACUCUUCUGAAGAUUACGUAAGCAUAUAUUUUAUAUUUGAAGUAACAAGGAACCUUCGAGAAUUCUUGUUUUGCCUGUAGAGCCAAGAAUGUCGUUUAUUACAAAUCAGAACCAUGUCUUGUGUAAAUUGUUUCUCCUUCACCUCCUGAAACAUCUACUUCAACAAAUACUAACAGUAAUUCUUCAACUUCCUCUUCAACUUCAUCUUAAAUUUUUAAAUGUGAUGGACCAAAAGUAGAGAAUCCAAUUUGCCCAGAAUAGUAAAUUUAUUUGUAAUAAUAUUUUAGUUACAAACAAACAUGUGGUCUAUUCAACAGUAACAUUUAAUGUAUCAAGGCUCCUUGUGGAUAAACAUUUAGUAAUGAAUGCUUCGCUUGUGGAAAUGCAAAUGUUGAUACAUAUUUCUUUGGAGAUUGCAAUUAGAUGCCAUAAGAGUAUCUAUAAUAUUAAUUUUAAUCUAGAUAACCUUAACCACAACCUUCAUAGAGUGAUUAUAUUAAGUGUUAAGAACCUAGACCUGAAAUGUGUACUAUGAUUUAUACAGAUACAUGUGCUUUUACUGAGUUUCCAUGUUAUUCAGAUUCAUGUAUGAGUUUGACUGGAAGUGGUUGUUAGGCAUGUUCAAAUAAAAAUGUUGUUGGUUAUGUAUAGUAGUCCUGUUCAAAAUAUUAGUAUAAAUUUCAUUCUAUCUUAAGAUUAAUUUAUCAAUCCAAUUUAGCAGAUGACUCAGGUACUGAAACUAAAGAUUUAACUGGAGGCAAUGUUGAAUAUGAAUGCAGUAUAACCAGACCAACAAAUUGUGAUGAUAAUGUCAAUGAAGUGUGUGCUUCAUAGAAAUGCAAUGAUACUGUUUGCAAAAAAGAAUAUUCGAACGAAUGCUAAGCUUGCUUAGAUUCAUCUACAACUUCUUAUAGUAAAGGAAAAUGUGAUUCAGCUUCAUCAGGAACCAUUCUUGGUCUAGCUAUCCUUAUCAACCUUUUUAUAUGAAGUUUUUUGAAUAUUCAUUUAAUAAAUACAAUAUAUUAAUUUUAAAAUUC